AUGCGCGAGUUCUACCAGCAGUUCGGGGAGUUGACCGAUUUCGUCGUUAUGCGUGAUCCCAACACGAAACGGUCGAGAGGAUUCGGCUUCGUGACUUUCGCUUCUAAAGCUAAUGUUGAUGCUGCUAUGGCUGCUCGCCCCCACGUUAUUGACGGCAGAACGGUGGAUCCUAAAAGAGCCGUACUACGGGCCGACAAGUAUCGUAACGAGUCCGUGUCCACUAAGCGUCUGUACGUGAGCGGCGUUCGUGAAGAUCACACGGAAGAGAUGUUCACCGAAUAUUUUGGGAAGUACGGAAAUGUAUUGAAGUCGGAAAUUAUUCUGGACAAAGUCACCAACAAGCCUCGUGGGUUUGCCUUCGUCACAUUCGACGACUACGACCCAGUGGACCGGUGUGUUCUCGUGCGUAGCCACAUGAUUAAUGGCUUUAGAUGCGCUGUGAAGAAAGCGCUCUCUAAAGAAGAAAUGAAUAAAGCGCAAAACACUCGUGAUCGUGUGGAGCGCAUGGGUCGCUGUAGUGAAGAUGAAAAUGCUCGUGGAGGUGGGCCAGGAGGUUGGGGUGGACAAACUCGUGGGGGUUACGGAGCACAGGGUGGGUACGGUUAUGGCGGACCUCCAGGAGGAGGUUAUGUUCAACAAACUCAUGGAGGAUGUGGAGCCCAACAAGGAUGGGGAGAUCAGGCCGGAUGGGGCCAGCCCAGUGAGGUUGUUUGUUUUGGAAUGUGUCGGAGUUCAAUGGUUUAA